GCACAACAUUUUAAAAUGUCGCCGCGCUUAGGACUGUUCCUUUUGGGACUCUUAGUUUCCUGGAUUCAAACGGAAUCCGCCUUUGUCAAUACCCAUAUUGUGGGUGGUGACCAGGCGGAUAUUUCGGACUUUCCCUACCAAGUUUCGGUUCGUCUGGAGACCUACAUGCUGCUCCACAUCUGCGGUGGUAGUAUCUAUGCUCCCCGUGUGGUUCUCACCGCGGCUCACUGCAUCAAAGGCCGUUAUGCAUCUUACAUCCGGAUUGUGGCUGGUCAGAAUUCGAUUGCAGAUCUGGAAGAGCAGGGAGUGAAAGUCAGCAAGCUGAUCUACCACAGCGGAUACAACAAAAAGACCUAUGUGAACGAUAUUGGACUAAUUAUUACACGCGAGCCCUUGGAGUAUUCCGCUCUGGUACAACCAAUCUCAGUGGCCUUGGAGGCUCCUCCUUCCGGGGCCCACGCUGUAGUGAGCGGAUGGGGAAAGCGUUCUGAGGAGGAUGAAGCUCUGCCCGCUCUGCUCCGGGCUGUGGAACUAGAGAUCGUGGACCGAGGCACUUGUGGAGCUCAGUACUUGACUAAAGAUUAUACCGUAACAGAGGAGAUGAUCUGCGCAGGAUAUCUGGAAGGUGGCAAAGAUACAUGCAACGGGGACUCCGGAGGUCCGCUUGUCGUUGAUGGAGUACUUGUCGGCGUUGUCUCCUGGGGAGUGGGAUGUGGCAGGGAAGGAUUCCCCGGAGUGUAUACCAACGUUUACUCCCAUACCAAAUGGAUCGAAGAACAGGUCGAGCCAUAUAUCUAGGGAUUUUCCAUAUGAAUAACCCCAGCA